UAUGGCAUUUUCCCAUGUAUUUCGCCCACAAACGGAUAUCAAUCUAAUUUCCUGGCGUUACAUUCAUUUGUGUCCCCAAAAUGGCGAACGUAGCUGCUGCUGCUGCCGCUGCUGCUGCUGCCGCUAUCGCCGCGAAUAGAGACCCAGCUGUUGAUCGUUCAUUACGAUCAGUGUUUGUGGGAAACAUUCCGUAUGAAGCCACAGAGGAACAACUGAAAGACAUCUUUUCUGAAGUGGGACUUGUUGUCAGCUUCAGGUUGGUGUAUGACAGGGAGACAGGAAAGCCAAAGGGAUAUGGCUUCUGUGAAUAUCAAGACCAGGAGACGGCCCUUAGUGCCAUGCGGAACCUGAACGGGAGAGAGUUCAGUGGUCGGGCUCUCCGUGUUGACAACGCAGCCAGUGAGAAAAACAAGGAAGAGCUCAAAAGCUUGGGAACAGGAGCCCCCAUUAUUGAGUCUCCUUAUGGAGAUACCAUCCAGCCACAGGAAGCCCCAGAGUCCAUCAGCAGAGCUGUGGCCAGUCUGCCACCUGAGCAGAUGUUUGAACUAAUGAAACAAAUGAAGCUGUGUGUGCAGAACAGUCCCCAGGAGGCGAGGAACAUGCUGCUGCAGAACCCUCAGCUGGCCUAUGCUCUGUUGCAGGCCCAAGUGGUCAUGCGGAUUGUUGACCCUGAGAUAGCCUUGAAAAUGCUCCACCGUCAAACACCAGUUCAGCCUCUGAUUCCCAGCGGGCAGGCAGGAGGAGCACCACCGCUCAACCCACCUCCGGCUCCACCCAGCGCGCCAGUGUCUCAGCCACAGCCUGUGCCUGGAAUGCAUGUCAAUGGAGCCCCUCAAAUGAUGCAGCCCCCCAACAUGGGUGUUGUCCCUGGACCAAUGCCUGUACCAGGACCAGGACAAGGACCAGCACCAGUCGGACCUCCAGGAAACCUUCAGCAUUCUCCCACAGGAUCGUCUGGGCAAGCAGCUAUCGAGCGGUCGCAAGAGUUACAAGACACAAGACCAGGCGGCAUCCCCCCCAGAGGCCUGCUGGGAGAUGGUCCGAAUGACCCCCGGGGAGGAACUCUGCUGAAUGUCACUGGAGAGGUCAUAGACCCCAACCGGGGUUACAUGGGAGCUCCACCGCCCCACCAAGCCCCACCUGUACACAUGGCCCAAAUGGCAAGUGGACCCCCUCCGGAUAUGAGAGGCCCUCCAAUGGACAUGAGAGGCCCACCCAUGGUUGAACCACGAAACAUGAUGGGUGACCCCAGGGGGCCUCAGAUGAUGGAGCCACGCGGACCCCCGAUGGAAACCAGAGGUCGUGACCCGAGGGCGAUGGACGCUCGUGGUCCUGUGACGGCUCAGAGGGUUCCCAUGGCGGCAGGAAUGCAAGGCCCCGUUCCUCAUGGCAUGGCUCCGAAUGCUCCUCCACCUUCAAGACCGGGCCCUGGUAUCUCUGGCGUUCCUGCAUCAGGAGGAGGCUUCAGUCCGGGGCAGAGCCAGGUCUCUACACAGGACCAGGAGAAGGCUGCUCUGAUUAUGCAGGUCCUGCAGCUGACCCCAGAACAGAUCGCCAUGUUGCCCCCGGAGCAGCGGCAGAGCAUUCUCAUCCUCAAAGAGCAGAUUCAGAAGACUGCAGGAGGGGCGCCUUGAUGGUCUGACUGAGAAAAAACUUCAAAAAGGUUUCAGGGCUCACAAACUGGUCCACCCCCACUGACCCUGUCACCUUGAGCUCAAACAGGUCUGAAGAUGUCUAAUUUUAGUUUGGAAUAUUGUAUAGUUUUUUUUUUUUUUUUUUUUAUCAUAUUUUCUGUAUGAAAGAGUCAGGUUGUUGCUUGUGAGACAUUUGAGUGGAUGAUGAAUGCUGAACCAAUAAAAAGAUCAGGACUGGAUUGUCGUUAGGUUUCAUCCUUUUACUCCAAAGCCGACUGUUUGCAUGUUAUCGGCUCUGGAAACUGUUUGUCUGGAUAUUGUUUUGUCAAUAAAAAAAAAGAAAAGAUA